CAAAAACAAUAUAGAAAUUUAAAAUAUUUUAGCUUAAAGAGAGAAAACUAAAGAAAUGGCAAGGUUUAUUAUUGGUUUAGCUUUUGGGUUUUCCAUUGCGGUGCUUUUGCUGCAAUCUGCGGCGGCACAGACGGUGCAUGUGGUCGGAGAUAGUGCAGGUUGGACCAUUUCAAGAGAUGGCGCAGCUUUUUACACUACUUGGGCUAGAAACAAAAAUUUCAUUGUUGGAGAUAUCUUAACCUUCAACUUCACGACCAACUCUCACGAUGUACUUCGAGUCCAAAAGUCAUCCUUCGAUGCAUGCUCUAACUCCAACCCUAUCGGAGACGUAAUCACCACCGGUCCUGUCAACAUCACCCUCGACACAGCCGGCGAUCACUAUUACAUUUGUACAUUUUCUCAACAUUGUCAAUUUGGCCAGAAACUAGCUAUCACUGUCUCAUCUUCAUCAGUUAACACACCAACCGCCCAGCCGCCUUCCACCACCACCACCCCAAACACUCCCGCCACUCCUUCACCGACAAACACCACCGCGGAUUGCCCUACAUCCAAUGCUCCUUCUAGUGGACCCACAAGCUCUAAAAAUCCACGGACAAUGGAACCCACUGCUUCACCUCCUCCGCCAGGUUCUUCAUCUUCAAAGGUCUUGGCUGGAUUCUCUUUGUCUAUGCUGGCUGUUAUAAUGGGCUUAUUGUUUUAAGGACUAAUAGGUAAUGUUUGCUUAAUUUUGGGGGUGUUUUGUGAUAAAAUAAAGUUUUGAAUUGAUCUCUUGGUGAUUAUUGUCAGUGUUUUUUUUUUUUUUUUUU